GUUCACCUACACGGGUGGCUCUACCUGCGCAAGAGUCACAUUCCGUCGCCCACCUCCAUGAUUGUCCGCCGAGCCGUCGAAGGCUUCGAUAUUCGAAAUUUGAUUUUAGAAAGUACUGUUGAGUUGUGAUCGUUUGAAUAGUGUUUUCGUCAAAAUGUCUUCAUACUAAGCACUAAAAUGUCGCAGAUAGUACAACUCCUGGCCUUGGCCGGGGUGGCAUCGGCUCAGCUCACGCUUGAUGGUGUCAAAUGUGGCCAACUGAAGUGCGCAUUCGAUGAGUAUUGUUCUUCCGAAACGAACAGAUGUGCGGCAUGUAAUAUAGCAUGCAACAAAACACACCACAACUAUGACUCUGGACUAUGUGUCAAGGAAUGUCAAGGAUACCUUCUAGAUUUGAGAUAUCUACACCAAGGUAGAGAUAUUACUCCACCAGCGACCGGUGAUUAUAGUAGUGUAAGACAUCAGGCGCAAGCGGCGUUGAUCAUCAGCGUGGUGUCAUUGGCUGUACUGGUGCUGAUCCUCAUCAUCGUUUGUCGGGGGAGGUUUACGUGGAGUUACAUAAAGAAGAAGUUUCAACCAGCGAAAAAUCGUGUAAAUAUCCAUUCGAAUGCCGGUAUCACGCAUUGCAACCCUCAUGCUGAAAUGGCGAGACCGAAACCGGAUUUAAAGCUGGAAAUGCGAAACCCUAACCCUCGAGCCCAGCCCCUGAAUGCGAGAGAUCUUGAUACCAGGACACAAACAGAGAAGAGUCAGGGUGCAACGACUCCAAAAACAGUUAGUACAUCUUUAAACAACCGACACCCAGCUGAAGAUACUACAUUAGAUUUCUCUUACGACAAUCGAGCACUGAACGUUUUGCCUUCCGAAGAAACUGGAGGGAACAGGUUCUAAAUAUAUCGAACUCGAAGAAAUAUUAUCGAUUAGUAUCUAGGUACGUGUGAUGAGUAGUAUAGGAUAUAUACAAAUUCUUAUCAUUGUAAAGGAACUAUAGUUAUAUAAAUCUGCUACAAUUAAAUUUCAAAGUCUUGUAUUGAGAAUAAAUUCUUUACAUAUAUAGUCAAUAAAACUUAAUAAAAAAUAUAUUUAUAUGUGGAUAAUGACAAGCCUACCAUAGAGUUUACAAUACUAUAAUUAUUCUGGAAUUUCAGUAAAGAUAUUGCUGUAUAGGGCAGAGAGAGAGAAUUAUACUUUGUGAUUUGGCCAAAAUUCAAGAAAACUUGCGUUUUGAGUAAUUUAUAGCUUUUUAUAACGGAUCUAGUUGUUUAGAUACCUACGGGUAUUAUAAAAUCACAAAUAAUAAUUGUGGUCAAUAUAGUAUUACUCCAUGUUUAGGGUACUAAUACAAUUUAAUAAGUACUUUUUAUUAUCAUAACGAUUUGCGAAUUCAUUAUUUUUGGGAUAUUAUUAUUGUAAACUUUGUACGAGGUCUGUCCGGAAAGUUCGUAUAAAAGUGUUCUGGAAUGCGAGAAAGAGGAGUGGGGAGGCCAGGUAAGCGCAGGACCCCUUCCUUAUGUCCCUAACAAUGCUUCAGUUCUGGUCUGACCGCCGUGCGGUGCGAACUGGCUUGUCACGCCAUCUGUGAAGUUACCUCUUAACGAAACCCCGUCGGCAUGGAGCCCGCUUCCGUUGAAGAGCAGCGCGUCGUAAUCAAGUUUCUCUCGAAACUCGGCAAGAAUGGCCGUGAAAUUUUUGCCGAUCUCAGAACAGUUUAUGGGGAUGAUGCUGUGAAGGAACCAACCGUCCACAAGUGGCUAAAAAGAUUCAGAGAGGGCCGAGAAAGCGUUCAAGAUGACCCACGUUCAGGACGUCCUUCCACUUCACAUUCCGACGAAUUCGUCCCUCCAGGCCAGACAGUUGAUGGAAAAUUCUACGUCGAUGUGCUCAGACGCCUCAAAGCUCGUGUGGCACGAGUUCGUCCAGAAUUGGCGCGAGAGGGGCGUUGGAUUCUUCACCACGACAAUGCCCCUGCCCACACCUCUCUUGUUGUCCGUGAGUUUUUGAGUAAAAAUUCCAUUACGGUGACCGAACACCCCCCCUAUUCGCCGGAUUUGGCCCCGUGUGACUUCUUCUUGUUCCCAAAAACCAAAUUGGUACUUCGGGGGCGGCAUUUGGGGGACAUAAAUGAGAUAAAAAAAGCUACGACGGGGCAGCUGAGAAACCUACAACCAGAGGACUUUCAAGGAGCCUUCUCACAGUGGAAACGGCGUUGGCACAAGUGCAUUAUGUCACAGGGGGAGUACUUUGAAGGGGAUAAAAUUGAUUUACCUGAAUAAUUGUAAAAUAAAAUUUUUAAAAAACUUUUAUACGUACUUUCCGGACAAACCUCGUAUUAAGUACUUAUUAUAUAAAUAAAAAAAAACAAAGUACGGUAUAAUUUAUAAAAAUAUUGUAAAUAAUGCAUUGCGGCAAUUGCUACUUAAAUUCAGUUUAGAGAGUAAAAUUGUUUAAAUCAAUUUAAAUAAUUACUACUAUCUAAUAAAUAUAAGACUUUGUUAUUAGGUACAGUAAAUAUUUACAUAGUGAUAAUUUUAGUACUUAAUAUAUUAUUAUAAAGAUUCUACAAGUUUAUAUUUGCAAAAUUGGAAAUUAAAAUAACAAAAAGAGAUUAUAGUUAAAAUUAUUUAUUAUAAAUAAUUACGAUUUUAAUGAAAUAUGUACUAUCCGUAGUAUGAAGCAUUCGUAAGGGUUCGUUCCGUUUACAUAUCAUUAUUAUACAUAAAUAUUGAUUAUUACUAUAUAAUUUGCUUUUUUUAAACUAUAAAGUAAAACUAGUGGUAGCGAUAUAGGUUUGAGAAUUACAAUUGGUGGGCCGUCACCGUGUUUGCCAUUCUAUGUUGCAUAAAAAAUUGUUCAUUAUGAUUUUUAAAUCCCUUUAAGUGGAAAAACUCACUGUCAUCAUAAAUAUGUUAAUUAUCUUUACAGUUAUAAUCAUAAACAGUGCCGUUAUCACAGUACCAUGAAUAUCACAGCAUACAUUGUGCUGGUUAUGGUACUAUCUCAUGCAUUACCUUUUCUGAGGAAUCAGAAGUUAUAUAAUUGUAAAACAGUCAUACAAGGGCUGUUUGUGGAGAGAAACAUGAACGAAUCAUAGAUACCCAUGACGACUUUAUAGGUAUAAAUUCUCCUUUUGAAAUACGCAGAUUAACUAUGAUUCCAUUGGUGAAUAAAGGCUCACCUAAAAAUAUUUCAUUCAAAGUAUUUUUAUUUGCGUAAAGUCGGAGUAACGACACAAUGUGCCCUCACUUCUUUUCAGCCCUAAAAUGUCGUAAGAGGUGACUAUGGGAACAAAUCACAAUACAUCAGUACAUGAGAAAGAAAUCUCAAAUUAAAAUCCUGUACAAAUCCGUCGGGCCAGCGUGAUAAUAAUAGGUUUUUUCCUCAGAAAGGGAAAGUAUCAUCUCCAGGAGUAGGUACUUAUUCAGUAGUCAAAGCAUAAAAGUGUUUUUGCAAUGUUAUAUAAUGGUAAUGCACUUAUUAUAUAUUCUAAUAUGGGAUUUAAAAACGUAAGUAGGUAUUUAAAUUUAACUAUACCUAAAAACUUAGAUAAGAAGUUAUUUUAUGACUAAACGAUAUACAUCACAUGCAGUUUGCUGUAAUAUUAUAGGUUAAAAUUUGUUAAUGUUUUGAAGUUUGAAGAGUCAGUUUAAUACUUCAAUAACCUGUCAAUCAAUGUAACACUAAUCUAGGGACACCGCAAUUAGAUAAAAUAUUUUUUAUAGUUUAUUUUUAUUUGAAAAUAUUUUUUAUUAUAAAACCAUUAUUUUGGAAAAAAUAUAUACAUAUAUUUAGAUUGAAAUAACUAAACUUGUGAAACUAUUAUUAUUUUAAUUGACAAAAAUGAAAUGAUGUAUAGAAUUUUAUUAAAUUUACAAUAAUGAGAUGUAAAUGUAAAUUUUUAGUUUUAUUUAUAUUAGAUAUUACUGAGUUCGACUCAAGUUCAAAUAAAUUCGUCAGCAUGGCUGAGGUAGUAUUUUUAUUUCAAGUGUUGUGUUGUGACAUGUGAAUGUUUAAUUGUCAUUUAUUUUUCGCUGUAAUAUUGUCAUAAUAUGCUACUGUUUAAGUUAUUUUCAUUUGUCCAAUAGAAUUUUAACACAGGAAGGCUUGGUUUGUCAUAUUUGUGUGAAUAUCGAUUUUUUCAAUGUUUUCCCAUCAAUCGCACUUUGAGAAAUGAUCGUGUUUAUUAAUCACAAAUUAUAUAUUACAAUAAUAAUGAUUAAUAAAAAUAAUAUAACAUUUAUAUGACUAACCUAUCAUUUGGAUUUUCUAAUAGUAACGUUAGAAAAAAAAUCCUCGUGUUUUUGUGUUUAAGUUGAUCGUAUUAAUAUUGUGAAUCUAUGUCAGUUAUAAUUCUAAUUACUAAUUAUUACUUUUAUAAAAUAAGUAAUUUCUUACUUAAUAAUAAGUAAUAUUAGAUUUGUACUUAACAGACUUGCAAUUUUAUACUUUCAAAAAGUUAUUAUUAGAUAUAACAAGAAAAUUAUAUGUCUUGCUUAUCAUCAUCAUCAUCAUCCUAUUAUAAUAGUAAUCGCAGGUAAAUUAAGUUUAUAAUAUCGUUUAUUAAACAUUAGAUAUCCUAAUUAUGGUAAGUAAAUAUAGGUACUUACCUAUUUAAGGUAAGUAAGAACUUAUGCGCAAGUACCGGCUUGAGAUUCCAGAUUUAGGGGUUAUAAAAUAAAAUUAUGGAUUAAUCGCUACUAUAUUUUUUUAAACUGUAAUAACAGUUAAACUUAGUAUAUAUAUUAUGUAUUUAGUUGCUACGUGACUAUAUGUAGAAAUCAUUAAAAAUAGUCAUAUCAAAUUAUUAUAAUAUAUUAGUUUACCUAAAUGGUCGCGUUAAUUCCUGUUUUUCAUAAACUAUAAAACAUGUAGCGCUGAAAUCUAAAAGUUAAUAUAUGUAGGAAAUUUUUAUAUAUUAAUAAUACAUUACAACAAAUAUAAUGCCAAUUUUGAGUGAAUGAAUAUUAAGAGAAAUUACUUAUAACAAAAUAUGCAACUCUUAAAACAAUCUGCUGUAGAGAUAUAGAAUUGCGAACCAACUUACAAUAUUUUUAUGACCCUCUUAUAUUUAUUCCUAUUUAAGAGCUGCGCUCUUGUCAGUGAAGCUCUUGCUAUUCACCACGAUUUAUAGCCAGUCUCUUCCUUUCUUGAUACGACAGGACACCAACUUUUUUCUUGAUUUGCCUGAUGAACAUAACUAAGUAUUGGUCUCCCCCUUUCCCUCUUGCCCUCUAUCUUACCUUUUGUUAUAAUGUUCAUAAGUUCGUCGUGUCGUAUCAAGUGUCUAAAAUUCAUUUCAAAAUUCUGACCUUGAUAGUUUUUAUAAUUUGUCUCUUUUCUUCAACUUAGGUAAUCCUUGAAAGUAGGACUUCCUCGUCACUUAUUCGAUCUGUCCAGUCAAUUUUCUCCAUCCUUCUUCAGCACCAUAUUUUAGGGGUUUUAAAUUUAUCUGUUUCUUUCUGUGUUAAUGUCCACGUCCAUACAAAGCUAUAGUCCAUAUAUAGCUGUUGAUAAGUUAUAUUCUAGACUUGUUUGGCCAUAACCAUUCUCGCGACAAUAUCUGGAGUAUAUUUGAGGUUACUUGUGAUUAAUCUGCCUAUUUAUAUACAAAUAUUUAUAUUUUCUAGACUCAAAGAAAGUGAGAGUUACAAGGAAAUAAAUUACUUUACCUAUGUAUAUAUUUGUGUUAAAUACACAUUUAAAUAAGGCAGUGCCCAUGCAGACUGUUAUUAUAGUCAAUCGUACAUAUUUCUAUAAUUUAGCAUCAUGUUGCACUAACCUUUUUUAUAUUUAAUUGAAAUUAUAAUCUAAUUUUAAAUCAAUUAAAUUUAAAUGUUGUUACAUUGAUAACUGAAAUACAAAAAAAUAAAUAUAUUCUUUAAAAUAUAGAUAGAUAUUUAAAAUAUAAACAGGUAAUAUAAAUAAAUCCGAUGACAAGACAAGUUUAACGAGAUAAGUUUACAAUUAAUUAUAAUUGGAUUGCAUUAAAUAAAAUAAAAGAAUUUUUAAUGAGUAUGAAAUAGCGAUUUUGUGUCAAACAAUUUAAAUAUAUGUAUUCCAGCAUUCGUACCAAAAUAUUUAUAUAUAAUUUUCUACGCUAAAUUCUCCUGAAAUUACCUGCAUUCAUGUUUGUAACCUUCUUUUGUUGUUGUCACUAGUUUCUUUUAAACCACAAUUACAACUCUUAUAAUAUUAAUCUACUAAAUGAUUUAAUAUAGAUUUAUUAUAUACUUUUUCAUGAUAAAACUUACAACAUUGUAUAUUUUUUCGUUAUUAUCUAACACGGUAUGUAAAAUAUUAGGAAAUCUCUGUCAUAGAGUAGUAUUUCGGUCGUAGUUGAGUUUUAUUUUGUUAAGAGUCAGUACAUCUCUGAUAUACGAGACAUAACGUUAAUACCCGAGAAUGGCUCAACUUUCCGUCAGGUGGGCGGUCAGGAUUUUGCUUCUAUUAAAAAAAUAUAUAACGAUAAUCAUGUUUGAGUCACUUGAUUGUUGAUUAUUAUAAGACCAAUAUUAAUAAUAUGUGUACUAUCAGAAAUGUAUUGAAAAUGUACUAAAUCAAUAAUUUUCCGGUUGAACACCGAGGUUGCAUGACGCUAUAAAAAGCAAGAUAUCAUUUUAGAAGCGUACUCAUACUAUGUUGGUGAAUAAUAUAUUGACUAUUAUCGUUAUCGCUAUUGCAUGCAUUGGAUAAAACAAGUCAAUGACAUCUUAAGUUCUUCAUUUAAAGAUUUUAAAUUCAGCAAGCAAGUUGACUGCCCACUUUAUGAAAUGUAAUAAUAGUCGUAUCACUUAAUAUACUAUGAUACUCAUGAGACCUUCCAAACGUAGCUAUUCUUGGGGACAAAAGUAUUAUGUCUUUAGGUCCUGUAAUUUAACUGCCCUAUUUUAUCCUUUAAACCGAAACAUCGCCAUAUAAGUAAAGCUGUUUUUCCCUAUAAUUAUGAGUGGGAAAGAGGUCUCAUACAGAUGAUUUUUAUACAAUCUCCCUCUGGAUUUGUUCGUCGUUUGUCUUCCUUGCAUCUUGCUGCAUCGGUAGAUAGAUGAUUUUAGAAGAUGCAUCAUUAUACGGCAUAUACACAUACUGUGACCUUAGAUUAUAUAGAUAGAGUAGCUUCAAAAACUGGUUAACUUUCGUCAGCUAAUUUUAAAAUUUUUAUCAGUAUUCCAUAUACUUACGCAUUAAAUGUAUUUUGACGUGUUAUUUAAUAAACAAAAUAAGUAUUCAUGCACUAAAAAGACGCAGAAUUUAUAAAACAAAAUAAAUAUAGAAGUUAUAAACGAAACACUCAUAACUAUUUAUCACGCAUAAUUUUAUGAAAAAGUUGACCCGUUUUUUCGAAGCAUUUUUAUGGAGACACUCUAUCUAUAUAAUCUAAGACUGUGACAUUAUCUGAUAUUUCAAUGGUAAAUUUCAGAAGAAGUGGAGAUUUGAAAAUACGACAGAUAUUUUUGUUUGUACAGAUUAUUGAUUUAGUUUACAUAAUAUUUUAUACAAAAAUUUAAUCGCAGUCAAUAAUAAUCAAAAUAAAUCUCAUACUUAGUGCAAUAAAUUGUGGUGUUAAAUUGUUUGAAUCGAAUUGAAAUUCUGUAAUUAUUAAACUUUUAUAAAUUCAUAAUAAACUAUGUUAUAUAAGUAGCUGCUUGUAAAGGUAAGUAUUAAUGUUAAUUAUUAAAUUAAGGUUAUACUACACAACCGUCCAUACAGAACAUUCCAGUAGAUUUAGUGUGAAUAAUUAGGUAUUAAAAUAAUUUAAAUAAGUACAUAUAAGUAAUUGUAAUUUUGUAAUUAAUAUAUAUCCUAGUUAGUAAGUUUGAAUAAGUAUUAUAUUUAAAUUGAUCUGAAUUUUAAUAAUUUUUAAUUUUAUAUAUUAUUUACAUUCUAUUUUCAAACUAGAAUUCUAUUUUUUAUGUUUGUAAUUACAUAUAUAUCUCGAUAAUUGUUUAUCGUGUCUGCGACAUACUUUCCAUCGUACUAGCAUAUUUCAUAUACGUUCAAGUAAGUAGAUUUGUUAUAUUCAAACUUAGUCUUAUUCAGUACGAACAUAACAACAUAUACCUACCUGUAACCACAUAUUUAGUUCCUGUCUACCGUUUACCUCCAUUGAAUUUGUGUGCAGGUAGUUUACCUAAAGGAACUGCAGUGCUAGAGUGUAAACAAUGGGCAGCAUUUGAAAUGUCACCAACUGUAUUAAUAUACAACAAUAUAGGUUAUAUUGCUGCAUGUUAAUACAAUAAUUACAGUAACUAACUGUUUAGUUACUUAAAUAGUAUUAAAAAGACAGUGCUAUCGUUUCAACUUAUAAUGAAAACAAAACUAACUUUUUUAAAGUAUAUCGUAAUAUUAUUGUUAAGUUACCUAAAAAAUGAGUUAGUUUAGUUUCAUAACACCGUAAAUUAAUGUAUAUCAUUGAAAUGCGAAUCCAUUUCGAUGCAUUCUAUGCGAUAUCUUUUAUUAUUUUUGUCAUUCUUAUAACAAUUUCUCCAGCACUGAUUCAGUAUUAAUUUUGUUAUAAUUGUAGAGCUAAAUAUUUUACUGAACUGCGUGUUAUUUUGCGGAAGUCCAUUUUACUGGUCAUUUGGUUAGAAUUAUUUUGUUCUGUUUCGCUACAAUUAGUGUGUAUGCGACUGUCAACACUCGAAGGAUGACUACUUCUAUAUUAGCUAUCCAUCUCCGAUCACUAUUUUGUCCAUGCAUGUAGUUCGCAGUCGUUGCUAUUUAGCAGUUUGGGAGCCAACGGCUAAUAUUAGGCUUCAAGCAGCGAUUUAUUAAUUUGCCUGAAGAUGCCUCGUUUAGAGGCGAAACAUGUCGCAAAAUGCGCGUGGCCGGGAUGAUAGUCGGAGAUUGAUAGUUAAGUAUCCUACUAAGUAGUUACAUACACAACAACAAACAGCUAUAUGUAUGUAAAAAUGUCUAAUAUAAUUUUAGUUAUACAUUAAUAAAUUGUGACGAUAGGUAGGUAUAUCUUCUUAGGUACUGUACUAAAUUUUGUUUAGGAUAUUCAUUAAUUCACCCAAACUUAAACUUUUUCUUGGACGCGAGACAGCUGUAUCACUUAGAGAUUUAAGAAGUUCACCUUACAUGAAUCAUAAUAGGAUAUAUUUAGCAUAACCCGCGGAAUUCAAUAGACCAUAUACCUUGAGGGUAUAAUAUUAAUCGACUAAUACAUAUACAUUGGCGGAUUGUAAAAAGUAGAUCCUAUUACGAUUCGUGUAUAGAGGAAUUUUAGCCCCUCAUAUCACAAUGUAAAUUACAAGAGUUAUGAGGGAUUAAAAAAAAAAAGAAAAACAAAAAAUCUCAUCAUCAACAUUUCAAGUCGGCAUUUUAUAAAAACUUGAUGAACUUGUACUAUGAGUAUGGCAGAGUGGUAUAAUUUCUUAAUAAUUUUCUCGUCUUAUGAAUGGUAUUAUCGUUGUGAUAAUUGAGGUAAUUUGAAGUAAAUUUAAUACUAACUUUAAACUAAGCUUUGAAAUUAGACAAAAACAUUCAUAUCUUUGUAAGUAAUUAGGUAUGUACCUUCGAAGAAGAUUUCGUAUCUGUUAUUUUAUGUAGAGGGUGUGAAACCAAGUUUUUAGGUAAUUAACAAUUAGGUAAUAACUUAGAUAUUAGUAUACAUGUACAUAUUAAAGCCUUCAGGUAUUCCGUCCAUUAAAUAAGUUAUUUAUAAUAAUUACUAAUAGGUAUUAUGGCAAUUUUUAAGACAUAAUGAAAUGACAUUAAUUAAAUAAGAAACUUACAUCACAAUACUGUGUUAAAUAUUUUUUUUUUAAUUCGUGAAAUUUGUAUUUUUCGUCAUUCUAAUAGAUUAUGGGCAUUUCUUUAUUUUUUUUUUUCUACUUGAAACAGUAUUUUAGAAUUGAGGUGCAUAUAUCGAAUAAUUAGUCUACUUAUACUAGGAUAAGAAAUCCUAGUUCAGACUACUUUAGAAAUUAAGUCAAGUGGUGAGCAAUUUAGCAGCGAUAUAAGUGCAAAUAACAAAAUUUUAGAUGGUUGUAGUGGGGUGGAGUAAUUAUGUACUGACUUACUCAUCACACGACUAAAUUAUUGGAGUAGCUCAAACUAGAUCUAGGAUGUAGUUUUAAUUGAUUCAACUUAAUCAAGAUGUAGAAAAAUGAAACAAUUCAAAACAACAUGUAUAAAUUUAUAGGUAGCCAUGUAUAAUUAACAAACAUUUUUUGAAAUAGAUAUGUAUCCUUACUGUAAUAUGUAUAUAUAGAGUUCUUUUAAAUAAACUAUAUAAUUGCUC